GUUGAAAAAAAAUCCAAACUUUACAAAAAAACUAAGCUUGUGCAUCAGAUAAAGUCUGCAGGCUGAGAUCAGAGGACAUACACUCCUGACCGCUCCUGAGCUGGGAUCUAUUUUCUGCUUCACACACACACUAACACACACAGGUACCAUGGCAGAACGGGUGCUGGUGGUGGGCAGCGGGGGGCGGGAGCAUGCGCUGGCCUGGAAGCUGGCCCAGUCUCCGCUGAUUCAGCAAGUCCUGGUCGCUCCGGGUAACGCAGGCACGGCCAACUGUGGGAAAAUCAGCAAUUCAGAGGUGUCGGUGAGUAACCACGCCAUUCUGGCUCAGUUCUGCAAGGAUCAUCAUGUGGGGCUGGUGCUGGUCGGCCCCGAGGUCCCGCUGGCAGCAGGCAUCGUGGACGACCUGACGGCGGCCGGAGUGCCCUGCUUCGGCCCGUCUGCCAAAGCCGCUCAGCUGGAGGCCAGCAAGAGCUUCUCCAAAGCCUUCAUGGAGCGCCACGGCCUCCCCACAGCGAGAUACGGAUCCUUCACCGACGCCCACGAGGCCUGCAGCUUCAUCCGCACGGCCGACUUCCCAGCGCUAGUGGUGAAGGCGAGCGGGCUGGCGGCGGGGAAGGGAGUCAUCGUGGCAGCGGACCAGGACGAGGCCUGCCAGGCUGUGAUGGACAUCAUGAAGGACAGAGCGUUCGGGUCUGCGGGCGAGACCGUGGUGGUGGAAGAGCUCCUGGAGGGAGAGGAAGUGUCUUGUCUGUGCUUCACUGACGGCUCCUCAGUGGCUGCGAUGCCUCCAGCACAGGAUCACAAACGGCUGCAGGACGGCGACCUGGGGCCAAACACCGGCGGCAUGGGGGCCUACUGUCCCACCCCUCAGGUGAGCCAAGAGCUGCUGCAGGAGAUCACAGAGAGCAUCCUGCAGAAGACUGUGGACGGGAUGAGGGAGGAAGGGGCUCCUUAUGUUGGUGUGCUGUAUGCGGGUCUGAUGUUAACCAAGCAGGGGCCAAAGGUCCUCGAGUUCAACUGUCGCUUCGGGGAUCCCGAGUGUCAGGUGCUGCUGCCCCUCCUGAAGAGCGACCUGUAUGAGGUGAUCCUGAACACACUCAGCGGGAAGCUGGCCUCUAGCGCCCCCGUGUGGCACCAGGACAGCUCUGCAGUCACCGUGGUGAUGGCCAGCGCUGGUUACCCCGGCGCCUACAAGAAAGGAGUGGAAAUUACAGGUUUGUCCCAGGAUCAGGACUCAGGGCUGCAGGUUUUCCACGCCGGCACCGUGCUGAAGGAUGGGGCCGUGGUCUCCAACGGCGGGCGGGUCCUGACCGUCACCGCCGUCAGCUCAUCCCUGGAGACGGCCCUGCACACAGCCAAUCAGGGCGUGGCGGCCGUGGGCUUCCCGGAGGCCGUGUACCGCCGCGACAUCGGCCAUCGUGCCAUCACCCACCUGAAGCAGCACAGAGGACUGACCUAUAAGGACAGCGGCGUGGACAUCGCUGCCGGUAACAAGCUGGUGGACAUGAUCAAGCCUCUGGCCAAGGCAACGUCUCGCGCUGGGUGUAAUGCAGAACUGGGAGGCUUUGCUGGGCUGUUCGACCUGAAGGCUGCUGGUUUUAUUGACCCCAUCCUGGUGUCUGGGACGGACGGAGUGGGGACCAAACUCAAGAUUGCGCAGGCGUGCGGGCAACAUGGCGGGCUGGGUCAGGACCUGGUGGCCAUGUGUGUGAACGAUGUCCUGGCUCAGGGCGCCGAGCCGCUCUUCUUCCUCGACUACUUCUCCUGCGGCAGGCUGGACGUGGACGUAGCCGCCUCGGUGAUCGGCGGCGUCGCAAAAGCCUGCGAGCUGGCCGGCUGCGCUCUUCUGGGUGGAGAGACCGCGGAGAUGCCAGGCGUCUAUGCUGCAGGAGAGUACGACUUGGCCGGGUUCUGUGUUGGAGCUGUGGAGCGAGGGGCCCUGUUGCCCAGGAUGGGGGACAUCGCCGAGGGGGACCUGCUGAUCGGACUGGCCUCCUCCGGGGUCCACAGCAACGGCUUCAGCCUGGUCCGCAAAGUCCUGGAGAGGGCCAACCUCAGCUAUAGCUCCCCGGCUCCCUUCGGCACGUCGGGACAGACUGUGGGCGAGGUUUUGCUGACGCCUACCAAGAUCUACAGUCGUCUGCUGCUGCCAAUCCUCCGCAGCGGGGCUGUCAAGGCCUACGCUCACAUCACAGGGGGGGGGCUGCUGGAAAACAUCCCUCGGGUACUGCCCCAGGAGCUGGCAGUCGACUUAGACGCCUCUCGAUGGACCCUCCCCCCAGUGUUCUCCUGGCUGCACAAGGAGGGGUGCCUGAGCGAGGAGGAGAUGGCCCGCACCUUCAACUGUGGCCUGGGGGCCGUGCUGGUGGUGGCCCCUCUGGACGCUCAGAGGGUCCUACGGCAGCUUCAGGCUCCCGAGGAGGCGUGGAUCGUGGGUUCACUGGCCCACAAGCAGCCGGGGGCAGAACCUGUGGUGGUCCGCAACCUGAAGCAUAGCCUGCUGAACGCAGGGCCGACUACCUGCGGAGAGGUGCCUGUCAAUCACAACGGGGGUAGCCAUGGCGACAGCAGCACACCACGCAAGAGGACCAAAGUGGCCGUUCUCAUCUCCGGCACAGGCACCAACCUGCAGGCGCUGAUCGAGCAGGCCCGGCGUCCGUCCAGCUCCGCAGAGAUCGUGCUCGUCAUCUCCAACAGACCCGGAGUUCAGGGCCUGAAGAGAGCCUCACUGGCCGGCAUCCAGACCCGGGUGGUGGACCACAAGCUGUACGGGAGCCGGGCGGAGUUCGACGGCACCAUCGAUCGAGUGCUGGAGGAGUUCGGGGUGGAGCUGGUGUGCCUGGCUGGAUUCAUGAGGAUCCUCACGGGAACCUUCGUCAAGAAAUGGAACGGAAAGCUGCUGAACAUCCACCCAUCCCUGCUGCCUUCAUUUAAGGGGGUGAACGCCCAGAAGCAGGCUCUCCAGACCGGGGUGCGGGUCUCCGGCUGCACGGUCCACUUUGUAGCAGAAGAGGUGGAUGCAGGCGCCAUCAUCGUGCAGGAGGCGGUGCCCGUGCUGAGCGGCGACUCCGAGGAGAGUCUGUGCGACAGGAUCCGAGAGGCCGAGCACCGAGCCUUCCCCGUUGCUCUGGAUCUGGUGGCCAGCGGCACGGUCCGACUCGGAGAGGACGGACACAUCCUGUGGAAGUCCAAUUCACAGAGUUGAAGGACACACAACAAUCCCAGUCUGUUACUUAAAACUAGAAAAAAGAGACACUGACAAAGCAUCAAACAAGGUCACGAUAGUCACUGUUUACUUAACUAAUACCUGCAAACUGACCUUUAUUUUUUAGAUCGUCAUGCUAGGUUGAGAGAUAUGUAGAUUUUCUUGCAUUUAUUCUUGCAAACAUCCAUUAAAUAUCCACAUUUCAUCCUCUUGAGGUGUUCAGAGGCCUCAUUUUGAACUAGAUUACAUUCCACGGGUUUCUUUUUAAUUCAUGUUGGUUGCACUGGAAUUGACCUCCUGAAAAAAGUCCUACUUGUAAUGCUGAUUAGUAUAUAAUACAUUUUUGAAUGUGUGUGUGUAGUUGGAACUGUUAUUUCAUCAUUAAACCUGCCUGGGUCAAUGCAUAUAAUCA